AUGUUUUCUCUUCAGACGUGGCGUUCAGUUGGUUUGGUCAGUUCCCAGGGAACAAUUCUGUUAGAUCUUCCUUACCUAGUUGCAAAUGUCGGAAUCACCAACACGAAUACACAGCUGCUUCUGAAUAUAAUUUACGCCAUUGGUGGCUGGAUACCUGCCUUCAUAGGAGCCCGUCUAUAUGAUGUCGUGGGCUGUCGCAAACUGAUGAUGUCUGUUGCCUUUGGUAUGGCCGUCUGUCUUUCCAUAGCAGCAGGAACAGCAGCAGGGUAUGUGCAAACAGGAAGCAAGGCGGCAUCUUCUGCUUCAAUUGCUUUUAUAUAUGUAUUUGGAAGUGUCUUCGCGUUAGGCUACACUUCGAUGCAACCAAUCUAUCCAGGAGAAGUACUAUCAAACGAUAUGAGAGCCAAAGGGAUGGGUGUGUCUGCAGUCGUCAGCGGAUGUGCUGGUUUUGUCAACACCUUCGCGGCUCCUGUUGCAGUAAAGAAUAUCCAAUACUGGAUCUACGUGUUCUUUGUUUUCUUCGACCUCUUCGAAGUUGGCCUUCAUCUACCUAUUCUUCGUCGAGACAAAGGGUCGCACUUUAGAAUUGUUGGACGAGAUAUUCGAGGCUCGCAAUCCACGGAAGGCGAGUACGAAGAAGGCGACUAUCGUCAGGCGGGUCAUGAAUAA